CUCCAAUACUAACGCGCCGCUUGACAAUGCGCGCCGAAACGAUACGCGCGCUUGAAGUGCGUAAGAACUCGGUGAUGGCGGAGAGACGCAAAUCUGCAAUGCAAACUUUAGGCGCGAAGAAUGAAUAUGGCAUCACAACUACAGCAGCGUUGAACAAUAAUGGCGUCAUACCGAACCAGCGCAGUGGACGCAUCUCUAAUGCCGGCAUAAGCAUCAAGGACGUCUUUAAUGCGAAUGGUGGACCAGGCGAGCCAAUAUAUGGUUCCAACGGUGGUGGUACCAUCAACCAAGGCUACGAACAUGUACUCGAAGACGACGAUCGAAACUCGUUGCGACUGACUCCGCGCAAUCCCAAUCAACAAGUGUCAUGGGGACAGAAUACCAGCAACACAGGACGAUUAUAAGAACGUGUACAUUUUGCCACAUUGCUAGCCUGAGCUCAGUUUGUUGUUGUUGUUGUUGUUAUUGAAUUAAAACAAAAGGACUUGUUAGUUAUUGUUACUAUUAGAAUUUUAAGUUCACUGUCCCAGAUACUUCCAAAUAUCGUAUUUUCCGUACUGUAAUGUACUUAAGAGACUUUUGUGGCUCCAUAAACUACAGAAAUUGGUGUUUCUUGAAAAGUUUACCUCGACAAAACGCCUAAAUUUAGUCAAGUUGCUAACACUGUCACAAAAUCGACUACUCGUAUUGUGGAGCCAAUUCGUUCAUAGCUCUUCGAAAAAUAACAUUUACUGCCGGCUCUUUAAAGAAAAAUAAUAAAAAAAUAGUAUGUAUAUCGAGUAUUUUUUUCAUAUGAAUUUCUACUAUCUUCAUACGUAUGUACUUUUACCUACAUAUUUAUAUCUUUAUGUUACCUAGUUAUUUAGGUUAAGGCACAAUCUUGUAUAUUUGUAAAGUUAUGAAUUUACACUUUUGUGUAUUGUAAAUAUAACAACGAAUAUUUUAGCUAAUCACACUGCCCGCUCACGUGAGUGACUUGUUGAUGAAUAAAUUUAUUAAACAAAUGUAGGUAUGUAUCGUCAAAUUUACAUAAGACAAAGUUUGACGUAUACAGGCAGGUUCUGCAAUUGACUCCGAGUGAUUUUCAAUAAAACUCACUUCGAAUUCAACGCUCAGGGUCCUGUGCUUCACUUUACGAGUUUUAUUCCCACUUUCUUUCGGAUUCCAGAACCUGCCUGUAAAAUUCGGAAAGUGCAACACAAACCCCGAACUCUGGAUUCAAAGCGAGUUUUGUUCAAAUUCACGCGGAAUUGUAGAACCUCCCUAAUAGACUUUGUAGAAAGUCAUUGCAAUGCCAGCUGUUUGUAAAUUUAAAGUUUAUAGCGUUUGUCUAGUAAUUUAGUAUGUAAAUUUUUUUAGUUCUUACUUGAAUUUUUAUGUAGUAGAAUAUUUUUUUUAUUUGCACAAAAAUUGUUGUUAUUGACAAAAAAUACUAUACUAAUCUUAAUCUGUGUUUACCUACUUGGCGUGCAUAGAUUUGUAUUGUAUGUAUGUUUAGUCAAGGAACAACAGUACCCGUACCAGUGUAUAAAUCAUGGAUAAUACUCAUUUGUCAAUUUAUGUGAAAUCACAUAUUUUAUGCAAACUAUAUUUUAAUUUUGUAUGCAAUUUUUAGUUGAUAUAGUGCGUACAUAUAGAAUAUAUAUUUUGUAUAUGUGAUUAGCUAUUUUGUAUAUGAAAUUUA